ACUUAAAGGGUGAGAAAAUGAAGACAGAAUUUUCAUUUUUGGGUAAACUAUCCCUUUAAGCCUUAUCUGUGAAAACAGGAUAUAAUUUAAAUUAUAAUUUUACUUUUUUUAAUCAACAUGACAUAAUGUAAGAUUAGGAUUACAUGAAAACAGAUUGUAGUUGUAUGAUAAUAAACUCUCAUGACUGUAGCUAAUGUUUACGUAAUUCCUGGCCACUCCCGUAAACGACACCUGUCAUUUGACUUAUAUAAGUGAACUGGCAGUGAAAUCAUCUUUAGGAUUUUGGAUCUGCAGCCAUCAUAAACAUGGGCAUUGAAGUUUAAAGCAGUGAAGAAGAUCUCCAUGGAAUUUCUUGAGCAUCACUGCUUUCCCCUCUGGAAUACAAGCUGCUCUCUUGACUUUCAUUUGAAUUAUGUCAAUGUAUUGUUGUUCUUGUACAUAUCUGCAAUCUCUGUGCUGACCGUGUGUGGAAACCUACUUGUCAUCAUCUCUAUAACAGUUUUCAAGCAGCUUCACACACCAACCAACCUGCUCAUCCUCUCACUGGCCGUAUCUGACUUCUUGGUGGGAAUUUGUGUGAUGCCUGUUGAAAGCAUUAGGAGCAUUAACUCAUGUUUUUAUAUGGAAAAAUCACACUGUCAUAUCUUUCAUAUGAUUAUGUCAAUUCUUGGGUCUGCAUCCCUCAUCAACAUCAUGCUUGUGGCUAUUGAUCGUUAUUUUGCUGUAUGUAAUCCACUCCUGUAUAUGUCCAAAAUUACAAUGAGAAAAACACUGAUCUGCAUAAGUUUAGGAUGGACUGCAUCUAUCUGUUAUAAUCUUGUACCAGUGAAUUUGGGAAAUUCAAACCUGACAGGGAUAGUUGUGAUCUGUCUAAGAGAAUGUGCAGUGGCUGUCAGUAACACCUGGGGUCCAGCUGACUUGAUAGUGAGCUUCAUUGCUCCAUGUAUAGUGAUGUUAAUUCUGUAUGUAAGAAUCCUCACAGUGGCCUUGAGACAAGCAAAGGCCAUCUCCGACUUUGCAAAGAAAAGAGUAUCUCAGAAAAACCUAAAAUCAUUCAGGAAAUCAGAGGUGAAGGCGACAAAAACAUUGAGCACAAUUGUCUUUGUGUAUUUCAUUUGCUGGGUUCCCUGGUAUAUAAGUAUGCUUAAUAUGAAACAAUUUCAAAAGUCAUCUGUGAGCCUCUCUGCUUUACUGUGUUUAUUUUACACUAAUUCAUGCAUCAAUCCCUUUAUAUAUGCAAUAUCUUACCCCUGGUUCAAAAGAUCAGUGAAGCUUUUGGUUAGCCUAAAAAUACUGCAGACAGCAACUAACCAGCUUAACUUAUUUCCUGAAGACUGUUAAUAUGAAAAUGCAUCUCUGUUACAAAACUAUGUUUGCAUUUGGUGAUAUUUGUUGGCCUUUUGGUUAAAAAAAAAGAGGAUAUUCUACCUUUAUACAUCAUUAAUUUGCUUUGUUUAGAAUGACAGUUUGCUAAAAAAAAAAAAAAAAAAGGACAUUAUAAUUAGCAGAUGUACUGUAACUGUCUUUGUGAAUUUUAAUGAUGAAUAAUUAUAACUCAUGUGGAAAUAACAUAAUUAA